CAAAAUCACUGCUUUACGUGCGUUUACCUAAACGUCCAUCAGAAAAAAAAUCAUUACUAAUUAAGUGAGUCUGUUUUCAAAAAAAUGAUUUUAUGAAAUGAAAGAUAAGAAGACGUGCUAAUAGAAACCAGUACUUGUUAUUUCUAAUAGUUAACAAAAGGUGUACAAUUUCAAGCGCUAAAUCUGUCAAUUUGACAUUUUUGCGACUAAAACCGAUAACGGCCUCUUAAGUGUAUUAGUGAAUAUUUAAGGCAUUUUAUACAAAAUUGUAAUCGUAAAAAUGUCAGAGGCUGAACAGAAAGAGGCCAUAACGGCGCGAGACCGCGCUAAAGCCUCUAUCGCGCGCUUGAAAAACAGCCUUGACCGCGAAGCGCUCAUAAAUUCACCGAUAGAAUUAGUCACAGUAAAAAGGGCUAGACUUUUGGAUGCCUUUUCUGACUACGAACGCCUUACUAGCAAGGUUGCCUUGCUUUUUUCUUCCCCACCAGCUACCCUCGCCAGCGAUGACGAGGAGGUGGCUGAUAACUACAUUUUGUUGGUAGCGCAGCUAGAUAGCAUCAUAAAUGUUAUCCGCCAAAGGGACAAUCCUCAAGUGAACGCCACAAGCAGCAGCGCAACUGGCGUAAGUGUCAAGUCGGAGAACCUCAAACUGCCUCGGAUCGUGAUAAAAACAUUCACAGUUGUAAAACAGCAUCUUGCUGCUUUGCGAAACUUGUGUGAGCCUGUAGAUAAGUGGGAUGCCAUAAUCAUUUGCAUCCUAUCUAAGAAGAUCGACCUGCCUACCUACAGAGCAUUUCAACUGGAGCGAAAUAACAAAGAUUCACCCACGGUAAAGAAAUUCCUAGGAUACGUGGAAAAACGUGCCCUAGCAUUCGAGAACACUGACGUACUGAAGGGGCCUUCGCAGAGCUUUGUCAGUCGUUCUGUAACUGCACAAGCAAAGCCGUCAGCGCAUCAGCCUCAGCUGCAAUGUUUAUAUUAUUCUCCUUACACAGCCCGAGUCCAAUAAUUGAAACCUAGCAACCAUCCAGCCUACAGUGACUGCAGGCAGUGCAAGUACUUUGGCACCGAGCAUUACAACCUCGAGCGCUGCAAUUACGAGUACUUUAAUAGCAUGUGCGGCUACAUCACAAGGACCUACGCUUGUGCAGACAGCAUUUGGCGUAAUUAUUGCUGGCCGUACGCAGCUACCUGCAAGAAAUUCUGAUCAGAUUGAAGGCGGCUGCAGCAGCUCAGCUGAUGGGUUCCUUGCCUGCAGCACGCGUCACUGCCUCGCGCGUGUUCCAGAGAGUAGGCCUCGACUUCGCUGGGCCGGUCUCAGUCAAAAAUAGCCGCAUCAGAAAACCAGUAAUUGGAAAGGGAUACAUAGCUCUGUUCGUAUGUUUCACUACCAAGGCUAUACAUCUUGAGCUCUGUAGUGAUUUAACGACCGAGUGCUUUCUCGCUUGCUUCAAACGCUUCAUAGCGCGUCGUAACCUGCCCAGCGAGGUCUUUUGUGAUAAUGCAUCUACAUUCAAGGGUGCAAGAAAUCAAUUAGCCGAGUUGUAUCGCCUGCAUGCUUCUCAAACCCAUAAACAAACUGUGACCUCAUUCGCAGCUCAAAAGGGCAUACAAUUUCAUUUUAUUCCUAGUUAUAGUCCGGUGUUUGGCGGUAUAUGGGAUAGCGGAGUCAAAAGUGCGAAGCACUACCUUAAACGUGUCGUAGGUAAAAGUCUCCUCACCUAUGAACAGCUUAAUUCCGUCCUUGUUGAGAUAGAGGGCGUACUUAACGCCCGGCCCAUUACAGCGUUAAGCAAUGAUCCAGAAGACUUUUCAUAUCUCUCUCCAGGACAUUUUCUUACUGGUGCUCCUCUAAAUACUUGCCCAGAACAAGAUGUAAGUAAUAAACCCACUAAUUUGCUUAGGUUCUGGUCUACCAUAACCUGUAUGAAGCAAACCCUCUGGAAGUAUUGGAGUAAGCAUUACUUAAAUCAAUUGCAAAACCGACGUAAAUGGCAAUCGGUUACGCCAAAUGUAGCUAUUGGUAGUUUAGUAAUACUGCGUAGCGACAAUUCACCUCCUCUCGAGUGGCCCAUGGCGAGGGUAACUAACGUGUUCCCGAGGAAAGACGGUAUAGUACGCGCAGUUGAAGUACGCUUGGCUAACGGUCAUACUCAUAAUAGGUCAAUUACAAAAAUAUGUGUACUGCCUAUAGAUUUAUAAAUGGCCUAUUUUUUUAUUUUUAUAAGUGUCAAAUGCCUCUUAUAAACUAUUAUGAAGGUAUACAUAUGUAUUUAUUUUUAUUGUAAACAAAGAGCUUUUGUUUACAUCUGCUAAGCUAUGGGUUGAAUUUAUUUGCGGUCUUAGUGCUAUUUAAUUUUGUUAAUGUUAAUAUUUAAAAUGUUAAACUUAAACAUGCCUUUAAAAUGUAAAUGUAAAAUAGAACUGAAAUGUAAUAUUACAACAUGAUGUUGGCGUGUGUGUAACAUAUAUAUGACUUUAAUUUUAUCUUAUCUUCUAGUAUACUAUGCAUAUCUUGUUAACUUAUGUUAAAUGUUGCUCAUGUUAAUACGCUUUUAAUUUAAUAGGAUUUCAUUUUAUUCUCAUGGCGCAAUAAUGUUAGCAACAUUAAAAAUAAAAUAAAAGUUCUUUAUUUAAAAACUAUGACAUUAUUGUUUUUUGUUACUAUAGAAACACUCUUCAUAAUACCUUCGAAAUGUAACGUGCUCCCAUUUCUGCUGGAAUAAUUUUUUAUUUUUCCUAGCACAUCUUUUAACUCCAAAUACCGACAGUCCACUCAGCUCCACCUGUCCAUGGCUCCGCCAAAGUGUUCUUACUAAGUUUUUGUAUUGGUUCUUUUUGAUCGUGAAUUUUAGAUAAACCUAGCAAAAUACUAACAUAAAACCUAGCAAAAUACUAGUUAAGAGAUUGGAAUUUUAUUUGUUUUAACGGAAAAUUUGUACUAUUAGCAAUCUAGCAGGUAUACAUUAUUCAGGAAUUAAUGAAUAGGGGUCGUCCAGAAAUCAUGUGAUCGUUUAGGAGGGGGGUGGGGGUAAGAAAAAUAUCACGAAUGAUCACGAUGGGGGAGGGGGUAUCAGAGAAUAUAUCACGUGUUUUUUUUUUCAAAGCGGGAAUGCUGAAAUCAACAAUAUUACUCAAAAAUGUAACCAGAUCAAAUACUCCGCUCUAUUUUAAAUGCGUAUUUACCCUUAAAAAAAUAUUCAUCACACCAACUUUAAAUAAUUAAUAUUAAAAAAUUUCGUAGCGAGUAGAUUCACUGUUUCACAGUUACUUGUUUAUUAGCGUCCAAUGUGUAUUUUUAUAUGAUGUCCAAGCUUGUCCAAGGAAAACAAGGAGAAAAGAAGUGGUUUCAAUCAAACUGUAUUUACUUAUUGUUAAUUAUAAUUGUUUUACAAUUACCUACCUAAUUAUUAUAAGUACUAGGUACUCUUAUAUACAUUACUCAUGCUUUUCAACCGCAACUUGAACUGUCACAAUUUGCGGGAGCUAUGAGACGUUUCUCCUCAAUCAUCCGCCAUUGCUAUCAAAAACGAAUAUUAAAACGAAAAUAUAUGAAAGUAUGUAUGUAUAUAAGUGAUGAGCAGAUUUUUACGGUGCCUGUUUUUGAGAGAUAGCAUCUUGAACAUAUAUACAGUAGAAACGACAUUAGAUUUGCUUAGCGUCUAAGGGUACCCGCAUCAUAAUUUUAUUAUCACGUGAUCUUGUGGCAGGGGGGAGGGGGUUGAGUUAAAAUCACCAAAUAUCACCAAGGGGGAGCGGGGGGUCAAAAAUAGGCCAAAUAUGAUCACAUGAUUUCUGGACGACCCCAUACCUAUAGGAUACCUAUUGGAUACCUAUUAGUUACUAUUAAAAUUAAUUAACUAUUAAUUGAUUAAGAAUAGGUAACUAUGUAAUUUUUUCUGCGUUAACAAAUAAUUAACCUGGUUGUUGUUUAUUCUAUAGAGAAAAGGCCAUGACGAUCUUCUGAAAGAGUAUGAAGAAUUGAAACCCCACCAUACACAGAAAAGAAAGUGUAGUGUUGCAGAAUCUGAUAACAAUAGUUCCGCAAGUACGGAAAAAAAAUGAAACAAAGUAUUCUUUAAAUGCUUUAUAGAAGUCAAUCAGUCUGGAUAAAUUAAUUGUAAACUUUGUUGUUGACACAAUGUCACCAUUGGACCCGGGUACGUCCUUAAACCACGUCCAAAAGAGAGGUCUGGGCAUUGUGAAUGUCAUCUCGCUUUGUGUGGUAGGGCACAGCCAGUGGAUGUUAUUCCAGACCUAGAGCAGAGCCCAACUGGGGAAGUACCUUACAGAAAACAGCAGCCAAAUAACACUAGACCCUGCUCAUAGUGUUGUGCUCCUGCCGGUGAGUAAGGUUGUCAGAGCUCAGCGAGGGUGCUGUGUGUUGACGACGGGGGACCUACGGAACUCACGAUACUGCCUUUGGGCCGUGUGGGCGCGGAGUACAGGUGCGGCUAUCAGGGAGACCCGGUGAAACGGCUGUCCGCUGGCCGCCCGCAGGUCAGUAGGGUUCCCGAACCCGGGGAUUACUUAAUCUCCGCCCUGGGAGGCUGAACCACCAACCUCGUGUAAAUCCCUGAUGUAGUAGUCGUGCCGGAGAAGGAAACCGGAGUGGACCCGGCUGCUGCACUAGGGGGGGGGGGGGACGGGGGGCCCUUCCGUACGCCGUGCCUGUAAACCGCACUACCCUACAUAUCCCUUUGGCAGAUCUGUUUCGUUAUCUUGUCCCUUAAGCCGUCAACACCCCGAACCCUCUUUGUACACUCAACAACACAUGGCAAUUAAAGGUAAAGAAAGAAAUGGUCUCUCGGCGGCAUCCCCUUCCACGCAAGUGGACUUCUGCAAUAUCAGGGGGCUGCACUCAAAUUUGAGCGCAGUCCAUUACCACCUGGAAUCUGCGCCGCCGACCAUCCUAUUUCUAACGGAGACGCAGAUAUCCUGUCCGGCGGAUACUGCAUACCUACUAUAUCCCGGCUAUACAUUUGAGCACAAGUUCAUGAGACACGCUGGUGUAUGUAUGUAUGCCAGGCAGGAGAUCUGCUGUCGCCGCCUCCAUGCCUUUGAAGACAGGGACCUGUCAGUUCUGUGGGUGCGUGUGGACUACAGCGGCCACACUCGUGUCUACGCGUGCCUGUACAGGUCUCAUAGCGGUAACACGGAGACAACCCGGCUCUUCGAGCACCUACAUUUGACGGCUGACAAACUCCUAGAGCAGUACCCUUCCGCAGAAUUGGUGAUUUUAGGGGACUUUAACGCCCACCAUGUUGAGUGGCUCGGUUCCCGGUCCACCGACCACGCGGGCAGGUCUGCUCACGAAUUUUCUCUGGCCUAUGGACUCUCGCAACUGGUGCAUUCUCCCACGAGAAUACCAGACAUCGAGGACCAUACGAGCUCUCUACUGGAUCUCCUGCUGACCACACGUCCGGACGGAUAUUCCGUCUCAGUGAAUGCACCUCUCGGUUCUUCCGAUAACUGUCUCGUCCGGAUACAGGCACCUUGCGCGAGGCCCGAUCCACCACGGCCAACCAGCUCGCGACGCGUGUGGCAAUAUAAUAUAAGUCAGCAGAUUGGGACGGACUGCGUGAAUUCUACGCUUCGUACUCAUGGAGACAACUCUGCUUCACAUCAGAAGAUCCUGACUUCUGCGCAGCCAAUGUUGCUGAGACAAUAUCGCUGGGAAUGGAUUGUUUCAUUCCCAACUCGGUAAUAGCUGCGGGAGCUAAGAGACGUCCUUGGUUUAAUCGGCCCUGUAAAGAAGCUACAGUUCGCAAGCAAGCCGCUUACAGGGCUUGGACCAAGGCCGUAGCUAAUAAGGAUCCGAACGUUUCUGAUGUGAAACGCAAAUUAAACGCUGCCUCGAGGUCCAGUAAGAAAGCCAUUGCCAGGGCUAAAUAUGAUUUCGUCGGCAGAAUUGGUGAGAAAGUAGCGGGCUACCCCAGUGGGAGUCGCGCGUUCUGGUCGCUCGCCAAAGCUGCCGAGGGAAAUUUUUGUCAGUCGUCUUUACCACCACUGCGUAAAGCUGAUGGUGAUCUGGCCCACAGUGCAAAGGAGAAAGCCGAUCUUCUUGGUAAUAAGCUUUCUGGACAUGCACCUGAAACUUCUGGACAUGUAGGACCUCAAGCAGUUCUUGGCGAGCAAAUUGAAACUGAUCUCGUUGCAUGGAUCAAAGAGUGUGCUCGUCUUGGGUUUCCAAUCGAUAAAGAAGGACUAUUCGACUCUGUGAAAAAAAUUGUGGAAAAAGGAAAUCUAAAAACACCUUUUAUAAAUAAUAGGCCUUCCAGGUCAUGGUUUGAGGGAUUCAUGAGUAGACACCCUGAUUUGAGUCAAAAACACGCCGAGUAUAUAAAUAAAGCUCGAGCGUUAAUUACUGAAGAAAAAAUUAGAAACUGGUACCAAGAAGUUUCUACACUGUUGGGUUCAGAAAACCUGAAAAUUUUAGAAGAUCCGACGCGAGUGUGGAACUGCAAAGAAAAUUCUUCACCAAAAGGAAUUUUAGUGCUAGCUGAGAAAGGAAAACAUGUCUAUGACACGUCAAAUAACAGUGACAAAGAAAAUAUCACAACUCUGUUUACAGUCAAUGCAGUUGGUGAGUAUGCACCUCCACUGACAGUUUAUAAAUACAAACGGAUGAGCAGUGAAGUAGUACAAAAUGCACCAGAUGGAUGGGGACUGGGCAAAACCGACAAGGGUUGGAUGACACGAGAGGCAUUCUAUGAAUACAUUGGAAAUGUAUUUAUUCUUUGCCUCAAAGAGAAAGAAAUAGCCUUACCUGUCAUCUUGUUUUUAGAUGGGCAUAAGUCACAUCUUACAAUGCAUCUGAGUACAUUACGUCGUGAAAAUGGAAUCAUCGUCGUGGGACUCGUCCCAAAUACAACACAUAUGAUGCAGCCGCUGGAUGUUGCGGUUUUUUUUCCUUAAAACAAAACUGGCGUAAACUUGUGAAGAAAUGGCGAAUUGAAAAUGAUGGAAAAGAUAUCACCAAAUUUAACCUUCCUACAGCUCUUCACAGUUUACUAGUCAAUAAUGAAGCUUUUGCAAACAAUGUUAGAGCGGGAUUUAGUACCUGUGGGCUUUAUCCAUUUGGUCCUGACUUUGUGAAUUGCAAGAGAGUUGUUCAAUCAACCGGCAACACAAACGUUAAAUAUGACGCUGUACCGAAGUCUGUCAUUUCUGAGUCAAGCUAUCUUACAUACCUUGAAAGUAAAAUAGACCUUAGCUUGCUAAAGGACUUUUACUUAACGUGUGAAUCGGGCCCUGACUGGGAAGGCAAAAAGGAGGCAAUAAUGCUUUAUGAUACUUGGCUGGCUUUCAAAAAUGAUACUACUAACCAUGCAGUUGCAGCUGUAUCUAAAGGCAUCGAUGAUUCCCCUCUUUUUGACAUUUGCGGCAUAAAUGAUAUUGCUAACGAGAUGCAUACCCCUAACAAAGAAAAGAAAGUUUUACGCAGAAGACCAUCAGUUCCUUGCGCGUCCAAUAUAAUAAUAGUUUCAGGAUGUUGUUGGGUCUACCCCGUUUCUGCAGCGCAUCGGGCAUGUUUGCACAAGCUCGCACAGAUGACUACUAUGCCAUAAUACGAAAGAGGAUCGCCUCGUUGCUCUGCAGAGUGCGGGCCAGCUCCAACCCCAUCCUGGCUACGGAAGAGGGCCGAUACGACUCACCUGUUGUGCGACACUUUGAGGGUAUCAUCAUAUGCUGUACUUUUCGCUUUUCUUUUUGGCUUUUUGUAUUUGUUCUACUAACACUUAGUUUUAAACCUUAAAUGUUAGUAACCAUUAUGGACCAUUGUUGUCUUUUGAAAUAAAUAAAUAAAAUUAAAUUAAUUAACUCAAUUGUUCAACAUGUCAGAAAAUGAAAUGGAACAAUUAGCCUCAUUUAUUGGUCAUACUUUAUCGGUACACAAUCAAAAUUAUCGACUGCCAGAAGAUGUUAUCCAGACGGCAAAAAUUUCAGAACUUAAUUCUCAUGGAAAGCGGUAAAGCAGAUUUACAAAGGACGCUCGUUAGAUGAAAUAAAUCUUGAUUUGGAAGAAGAUAUAACGGGAAAUGAUGUACAAAAUGAAGAAAUUCUUUUUUUUACUGUGAAUGACCUUUAUACUGAUACAGGAUCUUCCACAGUAAAACCUAUGAAACUAUAACAGAACAUAUUCCAUCAUGUUCAACUGCCUUAAGUAAACCAACAGUUACAAUAAAAAUGGCUAUGUAGAUAUGCAAUUAACUGCAUUUCGAUUGCCGUCCUACGAUACGUAAUUUUUCUGUACGAGGGUUGUUCCGAAAAGUUUUAGCUGCUCCAGCACUAUUAGUGCGUCGUAAGUAAGUAUCGUAAGUAAGCAGAUUCGGGUGUGUAAGGUAAUAUAGGUAAUUAAUUAACUGUAGUUUCAGAAACGAAUCUUUCUACAACAAAUGUUUCUACGCCUAGUGACUGUAGUGACUCGAUCCCAGGCGAAGUUGUAAGGCCGGUACCACUAGCCGCGCUGUUGGCACCAGGGGAGCCGGCAGAAAUAUAAUCUUACUGAUUCUUACGUUUCUAUUCUACGCAUAGUGAAAUGAUACCAGAAGAAGUUAUGUGGAUGGUAGCACAGACCCCAAGAGUGUCAACAAGGGCCGACUACAAUUAUAAAUAGGGAAUUCAUGAGAUUUAAAAUUGCGAUUAUUGUAGGUGUUUGCUAUGCAGCUAUAUCUCUUUUGCUACAUUUAUGGAUUUUAUUAAUCAUAUGGUGUAGGGGCCGGUGGUAGGGAGCGGGAAGGUACUUGCUUGAUGCGACUGGUAGCGCUAGUGGCGGAGGUAGAAUAAUACACUAAAUGUUGGAUGGAUACUGAACUGGUGCUCGUCUGCAAGAUAAUAGUGCGUUGGAUUCAAUUUUGAUUAAUUUAGAUUUAAUGGUUAACAAUAUUAAAUAUUUACAACUUACCUAUUCAAAAGGCGUAGCACACACACACGCACACACACACAAGAGUCGUCAAGAAUUUGAAAUUAAUCGCCCCCGAGAUCACGUAUGUCCACAUAGCCCCACAGCCAGUCAAAGUCAAGAGGGGCCCAAAGGACAAACCAGAACAACUGGCUUGGCGACAACUUAAACUCCGCGCCGUAAAGAGUAUCGUCCGGGGCCGUGAAGGACAACUCUCCAAAAUAUUUCUCCCCCAAGCUCUAAUGCAGGAGUUUGGAGAGUUAUAGAGAGAUGGCCUUUGGGAGUUAAAAAGCAAGAUUGGUAUACCGUCCCAUAACGAGGGGGUUAUCGAACACCCGCGAAUACAGAAAUUGCACCCCGUGGCGCUGGGCAAACCCGAGACUGCGCGAGCGAGCCUGGACAGGAGUUUCUACGGUCUCCAUAAUCGCAAAAAACGUACUGCCGUUAAGAUGCCAUUAAAAUAAUAAUUAAAACAUAAAGACCACCCAUAAGGAAUAUGGAACCAAUAACAAUAACCUACUAAUAAACUAACAGAAUCCCAAAAAGGGGAUCUCCACCAUCAUCCUUACUAAGUGAAGAAUACCUAUGACAUAAGACUAAAGAUCAAGUGCAUAUUAAACAUUCACAAGACAUUGCAAUUAUAAAUAGACAGUCUAAUAUUAUGAAUAUUAUUCACAGCUCAUUCAAGUAAAAUAAAGAUAAAACAUAAAGAUAAAAAUCAAUUUAUUCAAGUAGAAUCUGUUAGAUAUCUUUUGCAUCGUCAACAUCUAUCAUUUCUAAUGGUGUCAAUAAAAUACAAGGGAAUGUCUAAAAAUCACAAAAGAAUAGUACAUUGCCAUUUCGAAAUUAAAGUACUUAAUACUAGACUAGAAAUUAAAACAUGCGUAUAAAGUGGGAUUACCUAAUGGUAGUUAUGUCAUAAUUAACCUACUUGUAAAAAGGCUGAAUCAGCAUUUAGCAUCGUCAAAAACAAAUUUAUAAGUACAAUAAUCAACAUAAUAAUCCAAUAAUAAUAUUUAAUGAAUCUAUAAUAAUUUCUAC